GGCCGGGUUUCUUCGCUUCGGACCUCUUCGUCUCCAAGAGAGGAAAUCGACCCAUCAAAAAAAAAAGGAAAUCGAGCGCGAGGUCGCGAGCCAAAUCGAGCGCAGGGAACAUCCGAAGAAGGCGAGCGAUGGCGGCGACGAUGACGAGGGUGCUUCGCGGGGGGCGUUCCGGAGGGCCGCUGAUCCCGGCCAUCUUCCGCCGCAGGGCGGUGGAGGGGGUCGCCGCGCUUUUUCCGCGUCUGGGAUCGUCUCCGGCCGCCGCGGGUCGUCUGAUGCACACGGGCUUUGGAGGGAGUACCAAGUUGCCACAGCGGAAGGCUCUACCUUUCGGGAGACGUGGAGUUCUUUGUCAAGGACAGGAGACCAUGACGAGGAUGGAGCGGUUCAGCAGCAGGCGGACGUUUAUGAGCGGUUCUCAGCCUGGAGACGUACCGUGGGGUCCUAUUGCCUUUGGGGGUCUCAUUGGACUGGCUUUGGGGUUCAGGAGCAAGAAGUAGCUGUGGCCAUCUUAUCUAUGAUAAAUAUGUUAAUCGCAGUGGUCGGUUGCCUUGUCAAGCAUAGGCAAUUUUACUUAUUUCGUAUGCGGCACACUGGAUAUUUAAGACGUCUAUGUAUUAGUUCGUGAGCUGCGACUGAUCUGUUUAACUGUUAUGUCUUAUUGUUUGCAUAUUCUCCCGACCUCCGUUUCUACAUCUUCUAUGCCUGUUUUCUCAA